AUGGCAUAUGAUGGAGAAAAGGUUCAACAAUCAUUAACAGAGAAGCAAAAAAUCCAGAAGAAAUAUUUUGACCGAGGAAGUAAAACUUUAACACCGUUACAGGAGGGAGAUACUGUGAGGAUGAGAUGCGGAAACACCUGGGAACCAGCCAGGUUAGUGGGAGAAUCUAAACAAGGAGAACCUAGAUAGUUUUGUUGUGACCACUAAUAACAAAGAAUACCGGACGAAUAGAAAACAUAUACUAAAGACUUCAGAAGAAAUUCGUUCAAGUCCAGAGAAGACCAGUACAAUAGACAUGGAAGAACCUGUUUAUAGCGAGUAUGAUACAGUGGGAGUAUAUGGUGAGAAGCAAAUUGAAACAAGUGGCAAUAGCAUACAAGAAGAAACUAAUGGGACAUUAGUGAAAUCACCAGUUGUAAGUAAAGUUAGUGGCAGAGUCAUCAGAAGACCUGCCAGGUAUAUGUCUUGAUUUUGUCUAGUAUAUCAGUUUAAUUCAUUAUAAAGUAUAUUAUCUUAAUGUUUUUUUUAAAAAAAAAAGCGAAUAAAAAAAACUAUAGUAGGUAAUUGACAUCUUAGAAACAAGUAGACAUUGAUGGACAUUUUUCAUAUUUAGAACUUUAAUAGUAAUCUAGUAGCUUAUUGACAUUUAUGGACAUUUUUCAUUUUUAAAACUUUAAUAAUUUAGUUUUAUUAGACUUAGAAAGAAGGUGCAACAAUAUAUGUAUGUUUGGGUUACCGGUGCUGUAGAUAGUAUAAAUAAGUGGACUGAGGAAUUCAAUACAGAUGAUAUACCACCAUCUUGUAUUCAGAGUUAUUACAGCGCUGAAGUUUGA